AUGGAUCUUCUCUUCACCCCGCUCGAGCUGAUCAGUCGAUCAGCAUUCCUAGCGCGCCCGCUGGCUGCUGCAGCUUCGUCGAUCCUCCCCCGCGAUAGCAUCGAUCAUACGGAUGAGAGGGGCCGAAACGCCUUGUUCAGGGCUGUACAGACGGGCGAUGUGAGCGGUAUGCGGCAGCUUCUGAAGAGAGGGGCCAAUCUGCGGGUAGUUUGCUGCCGUGAGACGCCGUUGUCCGCGGCAGCGAAGGAGAAGCAUUUUCAUGCCGUGAAUAUGAUUCUGCAGGUAUUUGAUGAGCGAGGAUUGGAUUUGGAUGAAGUCGAAGGGAUGUUGAAACAAGCGGAGGAGUAUGCUGUGGAGGCUAGUCGGGCAGAUAUAGCUUACCUUAUCCUAGCUCUGAACGAUUCCGCAUUCGCACCCCUAGCCCCGAACGGUUACACUCCAACCCCAGGCCGUGCCAGUUCGCACUUCGACCUAUAA